CGGGACGAUCGCAAUCAUUUUUCUUUCCAAUUUGUCUCCAUUGCAGGGGAUAAGGAUUAUUCCUUUGGUGUUCGAUUUUAUUAGAGAUCCGCGAGGGGUUUCAGUUGCAAGCUAUUGGCAAUGGGAGUGCCAGCGUUCUACAGAUGGUUAGCGGAGAAGUAUCCGCUGAUUGUGGUGGACGUUAUCGAAGAAGAACCGGUGGUUAUCGACGGCAUAGCCAUUCCUGUUGAUACGAGUAAACCUAAUCCAAAUAAACUCGAGUACGAUAAUCUUUAUCUCGACAUGAACGGGAUUAUUCAUCCUUGUUUCCACCCCGAAGACAGGCCUUCACCAACCACUUUUGAUGAAGUUUUUCAAUGCAUAUUUGAUUACAUUGAUAGAUUGUUUGUUAUGGUCCGUCCUCGAAAGCUUUUGUAUAUGGCUAUUGAUGGAGUUGCCCCUCGGGCGAAAAUGAAUCAACAGAGAUCUUGGCGUUUUAGAGCAGCUAAAGAUGCUGCAGAGGCGGCAGCUGAAGAAGCACGACUGCGAGAGGAGUUUGAGAGGGAGGCAGAAGACUCCCUCCUAAAGAGGAAUCACAGCUAA